GGGAUAUUGAUUAUCUAUAAUUCUACGUCCGGUUCAUUUUGCAACCUUUGAUUGAAAUCAGAACUUCUCUCAUUUUUAGAAAGCCACGGAAGAAAACCAGAUUCAGGAUGCAUUCCCACCUCCACACACCUUACAAUGCCAACUGCGAAGCAAUUAUGACAGCGUUGGACGAAUGCCACGCCAAGGGCUUCCUCCACAAGGCCCUCGGAAACUGCAAUGAUAUCAAGCGCGAUGUGAACAAGUGUCUGGCCGCGGAGCGCUACGAGCGGGCCAAACAGAACCGUGAUGCGGCGAGGGAGAACCGGAAGCGAAUCGAGAAGAUCUGGGCGGAUGAGAAGGCUUUUGAGCAGGGAUUCUCGUCUGCGCCUUCGAGUGUUGGCGCUGAGAAGAAGCAUUAGGUUGUAUUGUAUGUUGAUUCAUUGAUUGAUUGCAUUGAUUGCAUUGUUUUAUUGGGUGGCUCGAUGGCGUUUGGGAUCUUCUCUUCUCUUCUUUGUUCUUUCUUUCUUUAUUUCUCUCUUUUGGGUCUAUGAGUGAGUGUAUGAUUAGAUGGGGGGUUGUGGACUAUGCUCGGGAUGAAUGGAUGGAUUUACAUCGAUUGUGUUCAUUGGAAUAUACACUGGGUUAAACUGAUGUAAUUGUCUUUUACCCAACCGGAACGCCAUACCAUGA